AGCUUUAAAUAUCCGUAAUCCGGCCUGGGGAGGCUCCCCAGAUUACCGUCGGUAGAAUUAGUGUUGGAGCUUUUUUUAGUUGCACCGUUGGCAGCAAGAUCGCACUGGGGAGCUGCUGUCCCUAGGGCCCCACUAUCCAGGGAUCCUGCUCGCUCUAUCUCUCUACUUUUUUAAAUCUCUUGUUAAGGACGAGAACUCUUCCAACAGCCUGAUGCUAAACCUCUGACAACAGAGGCACCGUUACUGCUGCAAUGCAGAGAGGAGACACACUGUUUUAACGUUAGCUCAAGGUGUUUUGGAGGUUCUGUACAUGAGUCCCUUGCUGUGCCAGAAUGCAGCGUUUGAAGCAUCUACCCACUAGAUCAAAAUGCACUUUGAUAAAACACCAGACAUUGAACACUGUUGUGCGUCCUUUCACUGGUGCUAGUACAAUGGCAUCUGCCGGGAUUCAGUGUCUCCAGCUCCAGAGCUCGAAGUGGCUGGUCAUUGCAAUAAUCAGGAACAUAAGUUUGACUCGUUUUGGGAGGUCUGAAUUCUUAUGGUGUCCUCAGUACCUGGUCCAUCAGUGUAAGUCACUGAGCACUAGCUCUAGUCAAGCAGAUCCCAUUGAGCAACACAGGAAGAGACUGAGAGACUGGUUCAGUCACAUGCCUAAUGAGGAGAUGCAGUUUGGCUCAUUCUCAUUGGAAAACUGGUAUAUUGAUCCAGUGAUUACUGAAAGCUCCCCCAAUGAGAAUAGGGAACUCACUGCAAGAUUGGGAGUCUAUAGUCACAUCAAACCUAACAAAUCCAAAAUCAUAACGGUCGACAAAGUGUUCACGAAUGUUUGCGAUGAGUCCCCUGUGAAGAACGUGGUUUUGUAUGGGAUGGUGGGAAUGGGGAAGAGUACGAUUAUUAAUAAACUUGUCUUGGAUUGGUGUGACGGGAAGUUCAAUCAAUUUGAUAUAAUCCUGCCCUUCUCCUGUGAAGAUUUGUCCUCGCGGGACCAGCCCACAUCUCUGAAUAAAUUAAUCACUCGAAAGUAUACCCAGCUGAAAACCAUUGUGCCUCAGAUUGGGUCGGGAAAACAAGGAAAUGUCCUCUUUGUUUUCACUGGCCUGGAGCAACUUAAGCUUGACUUUCGCCUCUCAAAGACCGAGCUGUGCAAUGAUCCAAAUGAGCCACUGCCGCCCAACAGCCUGUUGGUCAACCUGCUCCGAAAAUACCUGCUCCCAGACGCCAACAUCCUGGUCACCACCCGGCCUUCAGCUGUGGAUUCAAUCCCGUCCAGGUAUGUUGACAAGUAUGCCCGUGUCUGUGGCUUUACUGAUCUGGAGCUGCAGUACCUAUACUUCAAGAAUCGACUGAACAUGUCUGGGGAUGAUCAAGCCAACAAGAAUUUGAUGAAGAUGCUGUUCAGGAACUUGCAGAGACAAAGCCAACUUACAGCUGACUGUUUCCUGCCAUCUUAUUGUUGGAUCAUCUGUGCAACAUUGCAUUUCCUCCAUUUUACCACUGCGAACAUGCCCAUUCAGACACUGACCGGCCUCUAUACCAGCUUCCUGAGAUUAAAUUUUGGUGGUCAAAUCCUACACACCAGCAGCCAACAAAACAUCUCAAUCGUGCGUUACAUUGCCAAAACAGUUGGCAAAUUAGCCUACGAGGGGAUAGAAAAGAAGAAAAUGCACUUCAGUGAAGAGGACUUGCAGCAAUGCUUUGAAUUGGACAAUAAAACAGAGGAAGAGUUGAACCAGUUAACUGUCUUUCAGAUUGACAUGUUAGGGUUCUUUAUGUCUCCCACUGCUCAGCAUUACUCUGACCCACUUCUUAGAUUUACUAUACCUGCAAUGCAAGAGUACUUGGCUGCCCUGUAUGUUGUUUUGGGGGAGAAAAAAAGCAUCUUGGAGAGAGUGGGAAUUGUGGUGUCUGACACCAUCGGAAAAGCCAGUGAAGACGUGGCAGCUAUUUUGGCCAUUGUAUCGAAACUUGUGCCGUUCAGAAUUCUGACGUUGGUGAGACUUGUAAACAUUUUCCCACGGAUCUUCAGAAAGAUUGACACCAAGAGCAAGAAGGGCAUCGCAAACACCAUGAUCCUUGAAAUGUUCAAACGAGAUGAUGAGUUCAACAGUGACGUUUUAGAGCAAAUAAAUGUGAGUAUCCUUGGUGAAGAGGUGGAGGUUAGCAGCACAGCAAGCAGUGAAAGAACAAGCACUCAAUGCUUUGAACUCUUCCCAACGUUCAUGGCCGGAUUGUUGGCACAGAAUAAUCGCCUCCUACUGGAGCAGCUUGGCUGUACCAUAAAGAACAUAACUGUGCGUGAAAUAGCAAACAAUUUGAAGAAACCUCUCAGCAACAUCACUAACAAGCAGUUGCCUCCCUCCGAGUUCAUGGACCUCCUGUUCUUCCUGUAUGAGUUGCAGAAUGAUGCCUUUGCAGGGGAGAUCUGCAAGUCUUUCCAAAGCUUGAAUUUGUCCAAAGUUAAGAUGACCCCUUUGAAGUGUUUUGUGAUUGCUUCAAUAAUGAACACAUCCAGCCACCCAAUGGAGGAGAUGAACCUCAGUUUGUGCAACUUAAAUGAAGACUGCUUGAAAAUCCUUCAACCACUUCUUCUCAGAUGCAAGGAUUUAAAUUUACAGUUUAAUAAUCUAGGUCUUAGUGCCUGGCAAGAGGUCAGUAAUCUGUUAAUGGAUCCGAACUGUGCAGUUCAGAACUUGUGGCUUUGUGAUAAUGCUUUGUCGGAGGCUGCAAUUAAUUGCAUCGGACCAGCCAUCGCCCACAACCGCUCUGUCACCCAGUUAUCACUGCACCACACAUCCCUGGGAGACGAGGGUGUGAAGGUGCUUACGCCUUACAUCAGAGAUAACAAGCAUCUGAAAGAAAUCAACCUAGCAAGUAAUCUCAUCAGGGAGGAUGCUGCCAUGGCCUUCGUGGAGAUGAUCAAGAAACAUCCAACUUUAGAAAAAGUCCACCUGUAUUUAAAUCAGAUCAGUGACAGUGGAAAGCAGAAAUUGAGUGCGCUGAGGUGGGAGCAGGACGCAGUGAAUGUUCUGGUUUCAAUCUCCGAAGAGUCAAACAUCUCACCCUACUGGACACUGAUCCUAAAGAAUGUUGCACAAAACGCAGUGAACAGGGAUAAGGAGCUUGUGGCUGACUACCUGACACUGUUCCAGAAUGAGGUGAAGUUCAGCCGACGGCAGACCCAUAACCCCUGGAAAAAAAUAAAACUUCUGCAAAUGGAAAAUCGGACUGAAAAGUUGUUGAAACAGAUUCAACAGGAGAUUAAUUAAAUCUGGGGUCUCACUAGCACAGUACGAUUUUUUUUUUUUUGUUUUUAAGGAGACAGCAUUUGCACUGGUCGCUCUUUUGGUGCCAUUACAUUGAUGACAUACUUUCUGUCACACUCUUAUCUGAUUAUG